AACGUUCAGAUACAACGAGUGAUAGCGGGAAAACACACGGCACACAUGCCUGCAUUUGAAGUUUUCGUAAUCAUACUAACGUAUGACGUGAGUGAAGUUAAAUGAUCGAUAAAAUAUAAUCAUUAUGUUGACGUGAUAACAAUAUUUAUCACGGUUUUGCACGGACAGGUGGUACUAUCAAUUUGAAAAAUCAUCAAAUUGGGUCGUGUUAGUAACAUGAUAUGUUAUGAAGGUAGAAUAAAGGUGCAGAAGUAGUUGUGCACAAGGCUAUAUAACUUCAUUCGAAGAAUUAAUCAGUGUCAUAUCAUUAGUCAAGUCCUGGGUAUUGGCGAUCAUAUUAAGCCCAGAUUUCACACCAUCUCGUAACACCAUGAGGCUGUUAGUGGUGUAUAUUGCAAUUGCAACAACCCUUUUAUUUGAGGGUGCUGCAUCAAGUGCUUUGACAGAAGAGCAUCUGUUGGCAGCGAUUACAAAUGAAAUGGAAAAAUGGAUGAAGUUUGAAGAGCCCCGAACACUCGAAGAGCGUCUCAGUGAAAUAGCUUUGCCAAAUCCACUGCGGCUCAGUGAGGUUGAGAGUUUUAUCGAUGAAAGAGCAAAUGUUAUGUGCUCCGUAUGCAAAUCCCUGGUAAAAGUCAUCAUGGGUUACCGAAGGAAUGGCAUGGAUGAGAAAAAAAUAAAAAAUGUUGUCAUCGAGCUCUGCACUAAAUUGAAUCUACAGACAGAAGCUGUUUGUAGAGGAAUUAUUGAAUUGAAUGUGCCUAUCAUCAUGUACGUUAUAGACAACAGACCAGAUCUAGCAGCAGAAUCUUUCUGUGGUGUAGCUUUGCAGAAAAAUUCCUGCAGCCUAGAAGAUGAGCAAUUUGAAUGGACAAUCGAUGUGGAUGAUGAAAGUUUGCAGUACAUAAAAACAAAUAAGAGCGAUGAAACCAUCAAAAUUGUUCAAAUAUCUGAUUUUCAUUAUGAUCCAAAGUAUGAACCUUACGGUAACGCCGACUGUCGUGAACCUACGUGUUGUCGUAAAGGACAGAAUACAACAAAUACCAGUGGAAAAGUAGCUGGAUAUUGGGGUGACUAUAAUGAUUGUGAUGUACCCUGGCAUGCAAUUGUAAACAUUAUCGAUCAGAUCAAGGAGCACGAACAAGAUAUUUCAUAUAUUUACUAUACUGGCGACAUCAUAGAUCACGGUGUUUGGGAAACUACGCGAGCUACAAAUAUCGAAAGUAUAAGUAAGAGCUACCACAAAUUGUACGAAACUUUUGGGUCAGUGCCUAUUUAUCCUGUUCUCGGAAACCAUGAACCCAAUCCAAUGAACGAAUUUGCACCCCCAGAUGUUACGCAGGAUAACUUAUCUACAUCAUGGCUCUAUAAAAUGCUAGCUAAUCUUUGGAUUCGUUUUGGCUGGUUGCCAGAGUCUACUCGUUCGACGAUACUUCAAGGUGGUUUUUACACAGUUUCUCCAAAAAAAGGAUUCAGGAUCAUUGCUAUCAAUAACAACCUAUGUUAUAUUUACAAUUGGUGGGUAUUAUAUGAGCCAAAAGAUCCCAGUGGUCAGCUAAAAUGGCUAGUGGAAACUCUUCUAAAAGCCGAAAGUGACGGAGAGUAUGUGCACAUCCUGACUCAUAUGCCGCCAGGAGAUCACUCUUGCCAAUUCACCUGGAGUAGAGAAUACCGCAAAAUUAUGAACAGAUUUGCACACAUCGUAGUAGCUGAAUUCAAUGGUCACACGCACAAUGACGAAUUUCGCGUGAUUUAUGAUUUGAAAAAUACAACCGAGGCAAUCAGAGUGGCUUGGAACGGCGGUAGUGCCACAACUUACAGCAAUGUGAAUCCGAACUAUAGAGUGUACACCGUGAAUGCCGACACAUACCAAGUAGAAGACGCAGACACCUGGAUCUAUAAUUUAACUCUGGCUAAUGAGACGCCGGACAAAAAUCCAGUUUGGUUUAAAUCAUAUUCUUUCAAAGAAGAGUACGAACUUGAUGACCUUUCACCCACAUCUAUGAAUGAUCUGGUUCAUCGUAUGGCCCGUAAUAAUUCGAUCCUGAACACUUAUUACGCAAACUAUGUUAAGCAAGGUGAUCCUUCAUUAGAAAGUGGCUGCAGUGAGAGUUGUCUCGCGACUCAAUUAUGUGAUAUCGUAACUUCAGCAGUACAUGAUUCUACCCAGUGCGAUUACUUUACCAACUUGAACUAAUACAUAAAAUUUCCACGUGAAAACAUGCACGCUUUAUGUAUGUAUCAAAGAAUAAAAACUUGAAACUAUAAAUCAA